AGGAAGAAAUUAUUUAAACAGUUAUUAUUUAAUUGUAAUUAAAUUUCAAACGAAGAAAAAUUUAUUUCUAUUUUAUCCUUCCUAUUGUCUGAUUGGAUAUUUAUUCCAUUAAUUUUCCUUUCAAGCGUAUAAGUGAUAACAAGCGAACGAUCCUAUUACCACCCAAUUUAUGAUGACAUAUUUAGAUUCUCCAAACGUUUCUUUGUGGUUCGAGAUUUUCUACUGCAAUUCCAUUCAUACUUUUAAAACUUGUGAUGUAAGCAAAUGGAAUAUUCAGGUAAAUCGUAAGAAAAUGAAGGAGUGUUCAAAAAAUUAUUCUUGGCAAUCACGCUUUUUGACCUUAAUAGCCAAUAUGGCUAAUUCAGUUUCAUCCCAGCGCUCUACUGAUUGUGAUUUGAAAUGAUGCCUAUCUGUACUAUUAUGCCUUUCACACUUUUGGAAAACUUUUAAUUUGUUCAUUUGUGACCUUCAGUGUCUUAAAGAUGGCUGAAAUUGUUGAGAGGUCACGGAAGAAGGAUCAUAAGAAAUGUGGUGUUUGUGGUGAUCAUGCUUUGGGUAGCAACUUCAAUGCUAUUACAUGUGAAUCUUGUAAAGCAUUUUUUAGAAGAAAUGCCUUAAAACAAAAGGAAUUCAAAUGUCCUUUUGAGAACAACUGCAAAGUUGACAUGGUGACACGGCGAUUCUGUCAGAAAUGUCGUUUGAAGAAGUGCUUUGAAAUUGGGAUGAAAAAGGAAUGGAUCAUGUCUGAAGAUGAGAAGAAAGCUAAGAGAGAAAAAAUUGCCCAGAACCGUAGGAAGCGCAACAGCCAGCAAGCUCAGCUAUCAGAUAAGGAAUACACUUAUAUAAAAACUGAAAGCCCUGAUGACACUCAAACUGUGCUGAGUCCAUUGUCCACCAUGUCUCCAUUAACGCCACAAACUCCUGGAAGUGUUGGCAUCACAGCAGAACUUCCAAAAGCUCGGGUCUUCAAUCAUCAGCCCCUUACUCCAUCAGAUUGUGAAUACAGCCCACCAUCAAAGAUCCCUCAUUUGGAAAGUACAUCAGAUUCUAUGACUGAUUCAAGAUUUUAUGAAGAUGAGAACAGUACUAGCACCAUUGAUAGCAGUUCUGCACCCAUCAAGAAUGGUUCAACCAGGUGCCGUAAAAUUAGCAAUGCGGAAUGUAAAAGGUUGUUAAAUGCAGAUGAUACAAGUGCAUCAGAAGACCUAAAUACUGAUGAUAGUCUUUUGAUACCAAAAGUGAAUUUACCUGGUUUAUCUUCCGUUUCUUUUGAAGGUAUUCCUCAGUCAGCUUUUGCCAAGGCUGUGGAAAUUGAGUUUACAGAGCUACCUAUUAGAAACACUCUCAUCAACUCUAAAGAGCUUAAUACAAUUGAAAAGAUGAAGCUUCAGGAACUUGUGAAUGCCAAUGAGGUCCUGAAAAUGCCUUUGGUAUGUGGUCCCAAUGAUCCCAGUCUUAUCGAUGUCAUCAAUAUGACUGAUCAUGCCAUCAGACGACUUAUCAAAAUGUCGAAAAGAAUAAGCUCUUUCAAAAACUUGUGCCAAGAUGACCAAAUAGCCCUUCUAAAAGGAGGUUGCACUGAAAUGAUGAUUUUGAGGUCUGUCAUGUCUUAUGAUCCUGAGAAAGAAUGUUGGCAUGGUCCUCAAGGACCAAAGAUCAUGUCUAUAAAGGUAGAUGUUUUAAAAGAGGCAAAGGGGAAUUUAUAUGAAGAGCACAAAAGAUUUCUAACUUCAUUCCAUCCACAGUGGCGAGCUGAUGAAAACAUUAUGCUGAUACUUAGUGGCAUUGCAUUGUUCACUCCUGAACGUCCAAAUACAGUACAUAAGGAAGCCAUAAAACUAGAACAAGAUAGUUACUACUACCUUCUUCGACGCUAUUUAGACUUCAAAUAUGGUGUGUGUGAGGCAAAGCCUAUUUAUCUGAAGCUGAUACAGAAAAUACAAGAGCUUCACAUCUUAAAUGAGAAUCAUGUUCGUGUUUAUUUGGAUGUUAAUCCUAAAGAAGUUGAGCCACUUUUGAUUGAAAUUUUUGAUUUAAAAAAUUAAUUUGUUGUUGUACAUACUGUGCUUUCUUACAUUAGUUUUUUUGGGAUAGUUAUAUUUCAUCCUAACUUUAAAAGUUUUUCAUUUUUUGAUGUUUUCAUCUUUGCAUGUUCUUCUUCAAUACAAAACUUUACAUUUUGUUGGUAGGACAUUUAAAAUAAUCUUAUUAUAUUGCUAUAAAAUAAAACUUUGUUAUGGGAUUAGUAAGAAAGAAAUUUGAUGAUUUUUAUAGCAUUGCACUUCAAUAUUUUGUUUUAUCUUCUGUUAAUCACACUGUGAAUGAGAGUUACAUUGAGAUAUGAAUUAAAUAAGAUUGAAAUCAUUUGUGAUUUUUUUUUUUUUUUUUUUUUUUUUUUUU